UCUCUUUUCCUCUCAGGCUCUCUCUCCCUCUUCUAUCGAAAGAUCGUGCGGCAUAUCUCGAGGGCCGAGAGUCAAUCGUAGAGUCUCCGGCCGGUAGCGAGAGCGCGAACGACGAGAAGAGCCGAACGGAUCAUUGCCUCGUCGAAGGAGCAUUCCCGCGGUGUAUUCGGUGGUGAAAAUGGUGUUUGAAACGGUUUACCCAACGAGAAGGUUGUUUCUAUAACGCGGUUGUUUUUUUUUUUCUUUUCUUUUCUUUUCUUUUUUUUCGUAGAAACGCGGGUGAUGUACAGUCUGUACAGAGCGUGGUUCGGUGGAGAGGAGAGUUAUCCUCCUCGUUUGGAGAGUCUCUCGCCACCGGAUACCCUGGUCAGAGUUGGUAACGAGGGUGAACAUCAGUUCGUUGCUCAUCGGGGCGUCCUGGCCGCUCAUAGCGGUUAUCUAAAGGCUCUGCUAACUCCGACAACGAAUUCACCUCGGGAGGGGUCCACUUCUCCGAGCGUCAUCUCCGUCACGGUCUCCUCCGUUGGCGGGGAAGCCUUCGCUCCGCUCCUCAAUUACAUGUACACAGGACGUUUGGAGGUAACGCUCGAAAAUAUCUACAGCGUACUUUUGGCGACGCAUCUGCUUCACAUGCCCGGUGCGUUGGAGCAAUGCAGAGCGGCUCUUCUCAGAUUGCGUAGCCCGCCGCCGGGACUUUCCGAGACGUCCUCCCCGUCGUGCCAAGGCACGACUACUACCAGGGACCUCUCGAGAGUGGUCACGAGCGCGCCACCCGGUACGAUUCUUCGUCCAGUACCGAAUCGACUCGUCGCUCCUCCGCUGUGUUGGCCUCAACCAGCAGCUCUCUAUCCCGGCUCUGUUCCUUCUCAUCUCAGCCUCCCACAUUUUACGAAUUUUCAGCUUUCAUCGGGACUUUCGAUUCUUUCGAAUCCAUCAACGAUUUUCCGAGAACGAACCACGACCGCGGCCACCGCUCUGCCCUACGGUUUCAGAGUAAACGAUCGUUCCUUCUCACCGCCUCGAUCGAGUCUCGAGAUUAGACGAUCCGAGAAUCAGGAAGUUCCGAGUAUAUCGGAGGAACGUGGUGACAACGACCACGACGACGACGACGACGACGACGACGAGAAGGAGGAGGAGGAGGAGGACGACGAGGACGAUAACGACGAGGACGAUAACGACGACGACGUCGAGGACGACAACGACGACGACGACGACGACGACGACGACGACGACGAUGACGACGACGAUGACGACGACGACGACGACGACGACGACGACGACGACGACGAAAAGAAUGACAACGAGAUUGGAACGGUGGUAGCAGCGGAAGGGGUGAGAGAAGAUGAGAAGGGUAAGAAGUAUAAUCAAUGGACGAUAAAAACCGAUGAAUCAACAUCGGGAUGCAAACGAGAAGAUGAUAAAAAUACGAGGAGGAGAAGAAGAAGAAGAAGAAGAAGAAGAAGAAAGAGGAGUGAGCGCGGGGGGGUGAGCAAUGAGGAUGAAAUUGCCGUCGGCAUCGAGCGUACGUUGGUCAGUAGUCGCCUCGAAAACAGUAUCGAGGGGAGCUCCUCGGCAGAUCCUGCUGGUAAAAUAAACGAGAGUCGUAGCGGUGGAAGCCGCGUCGGUGUCGUCGUCGAGAGCCCAAAAUUGAAAAACCAGAGUGUCGAAAGUUCGGCAGGUACGAGCAACGGAGACGGGAACGGAGUAAUUUACGACGUUGCUUGUUGCGACGGUCCCGUCAGAUUUCACCGAGUGCUUAACGAAAAUUAUAUCGCAAGACGUCGUACCGUCCCGAGAAGUGAUACACCAAGCGGUGACGACCACCACGAGAUUCGACGAUUUAUCGAAAACGACGAGAACGGUAAACCCGAGACAAUGACCGUUGCUCAGAGAAAUCCGUCGGCUGGUUAUACCGACGACCCUACCACCACCACCACCACCACCACUACCGCCACUAUGACCACCAUCGGCAACGAUUAUACCAAUUCCUCCGGUCCCCUUGCUACAACUUAUACCUGCGGCUACUGUCGUCACACGUUCAAGUCACAAUAUUGCUACAGGAAACAUGCCAAGCGGCACUUAUUACCGGGCUCCGAGGCCGCUGAAACUCCUCCCUCCGGACGUUAUCCUCUCCCUCUGACUCUUCCUCUACCAAAUCCCAAUUCCAAUUCGAAUAAUUAUUACAAUUCCAAUAGCAAUCCUCAGGUCAAGCCCUCUCUCAAUCGUUCCGAUGGCAGACGCAGAGAGGUCAAACUUCUCGAUCUCAACGUUCAAUAUUAUCCUUGCAAAAUUUGCGGUAGUAAAUUUCCUAGCUACUACUUUGUUCACAAGCACAAGAAACUUUGUCACGCCAACGUCGAGGAAGCUGUUGGCAACCUUCCGGACGGUGAAUCGACCACCGACACCUCUGCUGCUCACCUUGUUGUUCAAGGUAUGCCAAAUUCGGCCUCGAUCACCGCUUCCGAUUCACCAAUCAAAAAUCAAUCUCGAGGCUAAUCCGAAUUAACGAGUUUCCCUCGUAUUACCCCGCUUUCGGUCGUCGUACACCUAUCCUAAUUUUAUUGUUUUACCGAUAUAUGUAUAUAGUCCAAAUGUCGUAUACUUGUCAAAUCGUCUACCCCCCCCCCCCCCCCCCUUCUCUCUGUGCUCAAUCAAUCAAAUAAAUAAAUCAUUCUUUCGUUUUUCCAUCGAGAACAAAACCUUUUUAAACCCCUAUCCCCAACGAACCGGUAUAUUGCAAAUGAUAAAUAUCAAUGACACCAGCCAAUUAUUGAUUAGCGUUACAGCGACGCGCCAAUGAUAUUUCAUUUUUGUAUAUUCAAUAAUAAAAGCUUUAUCUCGAAUCGAAUUAGUUUGUAAAGGGGAAAAAAGGAUAGAAAAUAUGGAAGCGCGUUGGAGACCCGAAUUAUUACAUUAAUAACUCUAUCUCAUUAUUUCGGUGGAUUUGAAUGAAUCGGUAGGUAGCGUUGAAUCGAUAGCUCAGAAUUUCACAAUUGUAAAUGCUGAUUAAACAGGAGAAUGAAUUGAAAGUGAGGCUGCGGGUGGGU